CUCUUUUUUCUAUACAUACAACUAUUAAGAAAGAAAAAGCUGCAUGGCGAGCUUUCUGGCAAAUACCAGUGGCUGUGUUCGACUUCAUCGUAUUGACGCUGGUCGUUUCAGGCGUGCUCGCACUCCGCCGAUAUUGUAGUUUUUUUUACUAUCUUGACUGCUUGAUAGUUCUGGCGAUGUUUCCACGAGCGCUGCUGGUGACGGUUGUGUUUGUUACGAAAAACAAAGCGGGCUCUGGUCUCGUGAUCGACUUACCUAGUAGAGCAAGACCCCUCAUCGUCCAAAACUCUACGAACAAACGACGAAGGAACCACAAACUUCGUAAUGGUAGCACGUUUCAUGUAGAUAUGCCUUCGGAUCUGCCUCAUUGAUCAACCAGAGGAAUACAAAAGGACUAGACCUUAGUUCAUAAAAAGUAGACGAUGGGUUUUCAGACUGUCACGGAUAGGGUAUUAGCACUACUGGGUAAGUUGUGUAAGUGUAAAUGUUUUUCCCAGCAAAAAUUCAAACUGAAGAGAACGAUAUCAACCCCCGAAUAAUAACUGUGAUUUUUUAGGUUACUCAAACGGAUUUUCACAAGUGCGCGUUAAGUUCGCGCGAGUGCUAACUUCUACUAACUUAUUACUCGUAUAUACUCAUUUUGCUUAUGCACGUGGCACGUGUUACUGACAGUUGGUAGUAAAUCCGUAAGAAAUUAUCAACAAGUUAUAUUAUUAAUCGCUUGAAGGGAUCUUCAUGAUACGCCUAUUAGAUUUGCGCAAAGGCUAGUCUUCAACAAACUGAUUACCUUGUUCUGCUUAUGUGCGCCGUACGAUAUCGAGAAAAUGUAAGCCACCUAUAACGAAGCCUUUCAUUUUGGCCAAUAUACUGAAAAAACAAGAAAGUACUACAAGGAUAAAUAAAUACUAAAAGAAGAAAUUCUGCAAAGCUCAGGUACAAUAACCACGAUCUGCCAUAUCGGUCAGGUUUAAAGCAAUUUGUUACCGUAAUUGAUUGAUGUUUUAGCCUUCUAGAGACUUGAAAGAAUUACCGGAUUGUAUCCUUCAUCAUGUUGGUCGUUCCUAGCGAACAAAUUGAGCCAACCAAGGGUUAGACCUCACCACUAGAUAUAGGCAUCGAAAGGUUAGAAGAUUUACGACGUACGCACUGGCCUAGCGUUACUGCACAAUGUAACAGUGGUCUUAUGCAUUUUUCAUACGAGCUGUAAGUAACUUAAUAGGCGAUAUCGAAGCUGAUCAUUAGGAUUACUAUAAAAAUCGAUAACAGCGAACUCACAGCUGUAGCUAAGAUAAAAUUCUUCUUCUUUAAAAUUAUUUUUCUAAAUAUCUUAUCAUGGCUAUUUAUAGAUGGCCAUGAUAAGGUAUUUAGCCAUCUCAGUCAUAAAAUCUAUACACUAAAUUAAGCACCGCUGCAACGGACGUUCCUAUACGUGUAUGAAAACAGUCUGCUUUGUUCGUGCGAAGUGCGUAAAUUGCAGACUGAAGGGUCUGGCCUGGUUAAGCUUUUGCUUCCUGAGCCUGUAACAUCUCAAAGAACCGUCAAUACAUUUGAAAAAAAAUGAACAAAGAAAAAAUAUCUCGCAACAUAAUCACUAAUGGUUUACCGCUUUUUUCUUCCAUGCGUCCGAUUUUAAUACGCAAUGAGGCUCGUAUACAGGACAACCCACGUAUCAUUACGUGUACUUUUUUUCUACAUUAAACGGCUGAUUGUCAGAGAUACGAGAAAGAUAUGAACGCGCUGCACUUUUUUAUAUUUUAGCACCAAAAUGAAUACAAUGUAUUAUCUUAUUAACGCCGAUGACAAGAACUAAACUUUGAUCUGCAUAGCAGACAUAAUCGGUUUUAUAUUGUCCGGCAGGCAAAACAGCGACAAAGUUUACGAAAGACGCCGGCCAUAUAACAUUGACUUUUAUGUCGUUUUUAUUCACGCUUCGUCCGACGCUCUCGGCGCCGUAUCAAAUAGGGUGUGUUACUCUUCUGACCGCUGGUCUCUCGGGGGUGAGCGCUAUUGACUGCUUCAAGUGCGUGUCUCACAGCGGCGACAAUCCAGCUUGCGAAGAUCCUUUUCAUCAUAACUACACGUCGGAGAUUCUGCAUCAGCCUUGUUUAGCUGGUCGCAAGGGUCGAGAGGGCCUCUUCCCAGCUACGGCCUGCGUCAAGAUCACCGGGACAUAUGCGAUGUCAAACCCAAACGGAAUCAAGGAUUUACCCGUGAUGUGUCCGAAGCACUGCUUCGGAUCAGAAGACACUGGCGAAACCAUCGUUGUACGAACCUGUGCUCUGGAUUCCGGUACACUCACCGUUGACACGGAAUUGGUCCGCAUGUCGCACUGUGGCAGCUUCUAUUUUGAUGAUCGUUACGUACGUGGCUGCAUUGUAAGUUGCGCCGGAGACGCUUGUAACGCAGCCCGAAGCAGAUACUACCUGGCACUGUCAUAUCUUGUCGGCGCACCACAGUCGUACGCGGGUCUGACGCUGGUCACUUACGUCGUACUUUGUACGUCGCUUCACAGCUUCUUCGUGAGGGACCGUUGCCUAUAAUAUGUCCCCACUUUGAUCUUAUUUCAAAUCUGAUCAUGUAUAAUGUGUAUUCAUUUCUUUAGCGCCUUCUGUUUCGCUACACGUGUCAUCUGUAAACAACCAUUGAAUAUCAUCACCAUAUUAUAAACUCCUCAUAUAUAUAUAUAUACAUAUACAAGGUUCUAACUGUGGACUGAACGUAGGCAAUAUUUCGAUUCUGAGAUAAGCUAUGGUGCCAUUUAGAAUUUGCAAAAAUAGUAAAUAAACAUUAUCAAUAUUAAAGAUUCACUGUAGAAGGGCUAUAUAAAGAAUUUAGAAAAACGAUACUAUACUUUAUUAUAGAAGUGGUACAUACAGUUUACAAUUAUAGUACUAGAUACACGCAGACAAUGUACUCCAAUCAGCGCUAUGCGUCAUGUUGCAGAAGUAACUAAAUUCAUACGAUAUAUUCCUAGGAUAACACAGCUGAGGCCCUAGUCACACUACAGAUUGACCCUAGAAAAGUGCUGAUAUCGACAUUUCGGCAAGAGAUAUUUCGUUCCGAAAGAAGAUGCUUGAUAACUCCAAACUAUAUAAUGAACAUUUUGUCGUCACCCGUAGAGCCAAGGCGCAGGCUAUCUUCAAACCUUGUUGAUGUACCCAUCUUCAUGUGCUGCGUUAAAGGACUAUAGUUGUUCUAUCAAGCCGUAGACAUAUCUAUGUUAAAGUAUUUCAUCCGAAGCUCAGAUAAACUAAUAUCUCAUUGUAGACAAGUAACAGGAAAUUAAAACGAGAAUGUCUCCUGAUACUACUGCUUGUAUGUAUUAUAUGAACAAGUGCGUUUAGCUUAACACUGACGACAUAAAAUGUACAGCUCGGAGAAGGGGGACCAAGAUAAUGUAAGAUUUCCCUUUUAACACGCCCAUAUCAAUAACUCACCAACAACCAAAUACUAUAUAGUAUAUUGUGUAAACAAGUGCCACUACAUCUUCGGUACUCUUCGUAAUAACCUGUGUAUAGGUACUGUUAAGAUUGUUUCGUCUGCUUUUGCAUGCGGAUUUCAGUCGACCAAAUAGCAACACGUGCUUCCCAUGCCACAAUGGACAUUGACUAAAUAAGAACUAUAUAAUAAUGCACUAUCUGCUGAGAUUAAGAGUUAGGAUAACCCGAGCUAGCUGUCUCUUUAACGAAGCUACCAGAAAUGACGAAGGCAUUUAUUGGCCAAUCGCAAUGAAGUCGUUCUCCGACACAGACGCGUCGUAUUGGGAAUAUAUCAAAUAGGGAUGCGAUCCUGUACGACAGUGACCGUUACUUCUUUUUAUAUUUCAUUAACUCAGCUUGAUCAACAUGGGCAGUUCACUCAAUUGCAUAGUUGAUAUGGGGCAUUGUAACAAGUCAGGAAAAAAAAAAA